AUGGGUGGAGCUUCAUCCGUUGUCGAACAUGCCGUUAGUUCAGCUGCACAAAAAGUUGGCAACACGGUCACUUCAACUGUAAAAGAAGUAGCGAAUCCAACUGCAACUAUAUUUAAUGCAACUACCGGUGCUGUGAAUGACGUGUCUAAUUUUACGAAAAAAAUUGUCGAAUCUGGUACGAAGGAAGUGUUUAAAAAAAUUACUCCUAGGACGGAAGAGCAUCAUGAUUCACGGACACAAGAAGAACUUGAACGAGCAAAAAUCGAACAAGAACAAUUGAGAUUGGCGAUUGAAGCUCUAGAAGAAGAACUGAACAACAAGGAGAAACUCGAGACAGAAAAUGAUUUAGAUCAAUAUCAAGAAAGAACCAUCGAAGAAUUUUAUGCUCUGGCUAAAGAAGUACCUUCUCUUACUCUGACUGGUCGUAAUAUUGGCUUUUUCGGAAUAACUUCCAUAGGUAAAAGUUCCAUGAUCAAUACACUGUUAGGUGCAAAAUUAGCCGCUGUGGGUAUAGGUGAAACAACCAAAGAAAUAACGCCCUAUGAUGGACUAGAUUAUCGUUUGUAUGAUUUUCCUGGCAAAAAUGAUGAUAUGUCAUCAUUCAACAAAUCUUAUAUUGCUUUACUCAAAGGAUUAACUCAUCGUAUGGUUUUGAUUGGAGCAACAUUGAAAGAGAUGAGCAAAUUAUUAUGUUUAUUGGACGUUCUGAAUCUCAACUAUGAUAUAGUUAUCAAUAAAUUUGAUUCAAUUGAAGUGGAAGAACGAGAAUCAUUUUUAAGCCAAAUUUUAGAAGAAAUUCAAGAUGGUCAAUUCAAAGGUGUUCAUAACGUAUGGUGUGUUAGUGCUCGGAAUCCAGAACAAUUUCCUGGUUGGCUUGAAAUGGUGAAUUACUUGACAUCGUGA